GCAACUUUCAUUGAUUGUGCUUUUACGCGAUACGAUGCAUAAUUUCUAUUUUCCACUAUUUAAAUGCGAAAAACAAGCAAACUAAUCAUUUCUGGCUAAACAAGAUCGUCAUGGAUGUACAAAAUGUUGCCUCAAAUGAGGAUUCCUUGCUUGCCUGUAGAGCUUGUCUGGUUACCGAUUGUAAAUUGUACAAUAUACAUGAUUAUCAACUCGGUGGUGCCUUUGCUCGCAUCUCAGGAGUCCCUGUCCACAAAGAUGGGCUCCCGCAGCACCUCUGCAUCUUCUGCAGCGCACAGGUGGCCCGCUUCGAAGCCUUCCGAGAGAAGGUCCUCCGCUCACACUUUUGUAUGAGGGCAAAACUAUGCGAGAGAGAGUUGGAUACAAACAUUAUCCGCACUAUCGACCGCGCUCACUUCAAGCUCCUCAACAACCUAGCGUUCACCAAACCACAGACCGAGUGCAUAAACCUGAAGACCCCUGAAGACAUAAAAAACGAACCCAACACAGACAUCGACGACACUAAACAUAAUAUUGAGAAACAAGAUCUGAAAGAAGAAGAUGAAAACGAUGAUAUAGAACUUGAUAAUGAUGAUCCAGUUGAGGAUAUAUUCAUCCUCACAGACGUCGAAGACAUUAAAAAGAAAAAAAGAAGAGUUACAGCUAAGAAAAAGAUGAAACUUGAAAAAUUUGAUGACGACGAUGACGUGAAACUUGUAAAUUUUGCUAAAAAAAGACAGAGGAAGAAAGAGGGCAAUCAAAAAAGUGUUGUUAAAAAGAGAGAAUUGAAAAGUAAAAGUGAUAGUUCGAAACCGAAAGUGAAGAGGGAAAGGAAGCCAAAGGAAGACAGUAAGAGGAAGUUUCGGAAUCCGGAGAACGGUUACAUGCCGGUGUUUGACUUUGCUACGUUUGAGAAUGCCUUUGAAGUGCGUGUUGUUACUUUGAGUAAGGAAGACCAACUGGAGGAAAUUGCGACGCGCAAAGAGUCCGCCAACUAUCUGGAGUCCCCGUUCCAGUGUCACGACUGCGGGAAAGGGUUCCUGGCCGAGGAGGCCUAUAACAACCAUCAGUUGCGGCACAGCCCGAGUGCGGGCGGGUACGCGUGCGAGAUCUGCAAGGUCCGCUUCAACAUGCAGUGCCGCCGGCAGGAGCACCAGGACAUGCACCGGCUCAAGUUCUUCUGCAAGAACUGCAGCUUCGUCUCCAGAAACAGGUUGGAUAACUCUUAUUAUUGUCUAUGA